AUGUGGCUUCUCGAUUACACACAGGCUCCUUCCAUUGGUCUCUACUUCCUUGUGAGCCAAAUCGCCACCCUCCGAAGACCGAUGCUCUUUGAUGUCACGAAGUGUCGAGUCUCUGCCGGCCUUAUCCUCCUCACGCUACUCCAUGUAGUCGAUACUCUUCGUUACCUCUACCGAGUCCUCGUAAUCAAGGACGCACCGGCUCAGGAUUACGAGAUUCAUCUCUUCUCGUCGAUAAUGGUGACGGCACAUCUUCAGCUCAAUCUACAUAAGGCGAGGUCACCGCUUUGGUAUCCCUACUUGGGUGCUUUCGUCAUGGGCGCCGGGUUCGAAGGUAUUCGUUGCAUGAUAAGCGUGCGAGAUCUUGCCGUCCAUCACGGUGGAGCGACCCGUCCAAUGCUCAGCUUCUUGAAAGUUUCCACCUCUGCCACAUUAUCGAUUCUGUAG